AUGGCGUGUGCAAAUAAUACACAUUCCCUUGACAGGUAUGGAGGCGACAGAGAAUUUCUGUGGCGACUUGCUCGAGCAUAUGUCGACGUGUACGAGUCUGCUGAGGACAAGCAGGAGAAGACGAGUUAUGCACACAGAGGUCUGGAGGAGGCAGAAGAGGCUCUGCAGAAGAACGGCCUGAAUGCUGAGUGCCACAAAUGGUUUGCUGUACUUUCUGGACUGGCCUCACAGCAUGAGAGCAUGCCCAGCAAACUCAAGAGCAACCACAUAUUGAAG